GUUGCUGAAGGCAGACACGGGGGACACCGGGAUGCAGAGCAUCAAGUGCGUGGUGGUGGGCGAUGGGGCGGUGGGGAAGACCUGCCUCCUCAUCUGCUACACCACCAACGCCUUCCCUAAGGAGUACAUCCCCACCGUCUUCGACAACUACAGCGCCCAGAACACGGUCGACGGCAGGACUAUUAACUUAAACCUCUGGGACACGGCCGGCCAGGAGGAGUACGACCGCCUCCGGACGCUUUCCUACCCCCAGACCAACGUCUUCAUCAUCUGCUUCUCCAUCGCCAGCCCGCCCUCCUACGAGAACGUCAAGCACAAGUGGUACCCCGAGGUGUGCCACCACUGCCCCAGCGUGCCCAUCCUCCUCGUCGGCACCAAGAAGGAUCUGAGGAAUAACCCCGAGACCAUGAAGAAGCUCAAGGAGCAGAACCAGGCGCCCAUCACCACCCAGCAGGGCAUCAGCCUCUCCAAGCAGAUCCACGCCGUCAAGUACCUGGAGUGCUCCGCGCUCAACCAGGAGGGCAUCAAGGAUGUCUUCACGGAGGCGGUGCGAGCCGUGCUCAACCCCACCCCAGCCAAGCCCAAGAAGCCCUGCGUCCUCUUGUGAGGGGCAGCCCGGGCGCAGCGCCAGCCCAGCCAGAGACGCUCCUGCCCCGGCCCCGCCGCUCCCCGGGCGCUGCCCAGCGCUGCAGGACCCUGCCAGCAUCUCCCCGCUGCCCCAGCUCCGAGCACCCCUGGCUCCGAGCACCCCUGGCUCCGAGCACCCCUGGCUCCAAGCACCCCGGCUCUGAGCACCCCAGAUCUGAGCACCCCAGAUCUGAGCACCCCCAGCUCCGAGCACCCCCAGCUCUGAGCACCCCUGGCUCUGAGCACCCCGGAUCUGAGCACCCUGGAUCCGAGCACCCCCAGCUCCCUCCAAACACCCCAGGUCUGAGCACCCUGGCUCUGAGCAUCCCCAGUUCCGAGCACUCCUGUCUCCAAGC